GAUGAUUAUGAGGCUGUUCAACAGAUCACAAGUAAAGUUAUAGACUUGUGUCACUGUUCACUUCACUCACUUUAGUUUGUUUCACAGAGCAUUGAGAAAGAUGGAGCUGUAUGUCCUCAUUCUCACAUUUACUGUGCUUGUUUCUUCUGAGGUCAAUGUUGUACAUGAGGAUAUUGCUAUAACUGUAGUCUCAAACACUCCUCAGCAAGAGGAUAUGUAUGGAUUUGAUGGAGAAGAGAUGUACCAUUCAGACUUCGCAAGACAACAAGAAGUAUAUACAUUACCAGACUUUGCAGAUCCCAUCAGCUGUCCUACAUGUUAUGAUGGAUCUGUUGCUGACCAACAAAUUAUGAAACAAAACUUAGCCAAUGACAUUAAAGCUUACAAAAAUCCACCAGAGCAAAUGGACCCCCCCCAGACUUCCAUCUAUGCUGAAAAUGAUGUUGUGCUGCGUGUGGAGAACAACCUCAUCUGUCAUGUGACUGGAUUCUACCCUCCCUACCUCAAUAUCUCAUGGACUAAGAACAAUGAGAUUGUAACAGAGGCCAGUCUGAGUCAGUAUCGCCCAAAUAAGGAUAUUACAUUCAACAUCUUCUCCACUUUGACCAUCACACCUAUGGAAGGAGACAUUUACAGCUGCACUGUGAAUCACAUGUCCCUCAAGGAUCAACCUCAGACCAAAACAUGGGAAGUUGACGUUGCUCUUCCCAGUGUUGGUCCAGCGGUUUUCUGUGGAGUGGGUCUGACUCUUGGGCUGCUGGGAGUCGCUGUUGGGACUUUCUUCCUCAUUAAAGGAAACAACUGCAACUGAAAACCCCCAAAUGAACGCUUUAAAAAGACAUUGUGAUUACACUGUAAAUCAUUCUGUAAACAAAGACUGUUUAACUUGGCAACAAUGCUGUAUCCUGCACUUCAUUUUGUUUGUAUUUUUUCCCCGAUGACAAACAUUUUAGAUGCUGAAGAUACAUAGA